AUGCAAGAUUUGCCACCUAUCGGAGGGUAUGAGCCAGUUCAAUGGAAGAGAAAUCUUCCAUCUAGAGGAUUCAGACCGUCUAUUUACUUCUGGGGUAUAACCGGUCUCAUGGCUUUCGGUUUCUACAGAUUCUACAAAGGUGUUGAUGAACAACGUGAAUUGCUAAGAGAAAGACAGUGGGCUCGUUUUUACUUGGAGCCAUUGUUGUUAGCUGAAGAAGACAGAAAUGUUGCUAGAAGAUAUUUCUCUGAGAAGCAAAGACAAGAUUUGGUUAGAGGAUCCAUGAGUGAUGAAAAUAAGUCCAAAUUCGAUGAAGAGAUAUACAACGACAAGUCCAAGUUCCGUUUCCCAAAGUACACAGCCGGUGUAGCUCCAUCCGAACGUUAAGCAUAUUGUCGUUUAUAUGGCGGUUCCCAGAGUCCAUCUGAACAGUCAAGAAUAUUAACUAUGGCACCUCCAGUUUUUUAAAGAUGAAAUGAAUUCUGGGUAUACAAUAGUAUGAUACUCUAAUUAUUACGUCUUAUCGGCAAUAAUCUUACUUGCAUUUAAGUUAUACAGAAGGUUUCAAAUUCUGUUCUCACGCAUGGCGGUGGUUACGAAAAAGUCACAGUUCCGUAGAUUUCAUUUCCACUCCAAAUCUUGUCAUAAGAUUGCUACGAUCCUUAACUGCAAUCAUUGCAGCUUAUAGUUAUUUUUGUUAUCAAGUACUUUUCAUAUAAUUGAAGAAAAAGUAAUCUAUUGAGGAAAUUGUGGU